AUGAUUGGUGAGGAGGAUGCUUUAGCAUUGGAGGUGCAACCGACUCCAGAGGAGGUCAAAGAAGCAGUAUGGGAUUGCGAAUCAUCCAAAGCUCCUGGAAGUGAUAGCUACAACAUGAACUUUAUAAAGAGGUGUUGGUCUGAAAUUGGCACUGAAUUUACGGCGGCGGUGAUGGAUUUCUUCCUGUCUUCUAAGUUACCGGCGGAUACGAAUCUCACUUGGGUGGCGUUGGCCCCUAAGUUUACUGGUGCAAAGGAAAUCAAAGAUCUGAGACCGAUCAGUAUGGUAGGCUAUGUGUAUAAAGUCAUUUCGAAAAUAUUGGUUCGGAGGAUGCGAGCAAUCAUGCCACGACUAGUAGGUGAGACUCAAAGUGCUUUUGUCAAGGGACGAAAGAUUCAUGAUGGGGCCCUUAUCGCAUGCGAAACUGUUCAAUGGAUUAAAAUGAGGAAGAAGGAAGCGGUGAUAAUGAAGCUGGGUUUCCAGAAAGCUUACGAUAGAGUCAAGUGGAGCUUUGUAGAUCUUGUGUUGCAAAAGAUGGGCUUUGGUCGGAGAUGGAGGAGUUGGGUUAUGGAAUGUGUAAGUACAAGUUCAAUGAUGCUUGGGGAGGUAGUGAGAAAUGGGCGUAUUUUGCCGUUACUGGUGGGUAGAGAUCAGGUCGAGCUAUCACAUCUCCAAUUUGCGGACGAUACUUGGGUGCAGCAUAUGUCUAGAGUGCUGGGUUGUAUGAUUGCCUCUCUGCCGGUGAAAUACUUGGGGAUCCCGCUAGGAGCGAACCCGAGCCUCCCUGUCUAUUACUUGAGCUUGUAUAAAAUGUCAAAGGUUGUUGCAGAGAAAUUGAUUUUUCUACAGAGAAGGUUUCUUUGGAGUAAGGAGGAUGGAAGGAAUGGUAUGGAAAUGGUCAGGUGGGAGGUGGUGCAGGCUCCCAAAAAACUGGGCGGUUUAGGGGUUGGGGAUGCUAUGGUAUUACCUACUCGAGGGGGGGCAUGGAAGGAUAUCUGCCAAAUACAGUUCAAGGAUCAACAACUAAGACAGAAGAUGAUUAAUGGGUUGUUUAUGGAGAUUGGCAAUGGGAGAGGUACUCGGUUCUGGGAGGAUGUAUGGCUGCGUAGAGGGGCCCUGAAAGACUUAUUUCCGAGGCUAUUCUCAGUUUCAAACCAAACAGGAUUUGUUAUAGGGGAUUGUGGGUUCUGGGACGGGUUAGAGUGGAGAUGGAACUUCCAUUGGAGGCGAGAGCUUUUCCAAUGGGAGUUGGACCUAGAGAACCAGAUACACGAAACUUUAAGAGUGGUUCAACUUGCAUACGGUAGAGAGGAUAAAGUUGUGUGA